AUGUCUUCGACCGAAAUCUCGACUACGGACCUCCCGACCGGCGACCCGGUCCCGUCCUCGGCCGCGCCGCCAGCCCCGAAGCCCAAGCCGUUUCCCCUCCGAGAACUCAUCGCCGCCACGCCGUCCAACCUCGAUGCCUUCCUCGCACACGUGCAGCGCUGUCUGCAGACACCCUCGGGCAUCGACACCUGCCUUCUCUUCCUCUGCUACACCUCGCGCCUCGGUGCCUCCGUGCUCGCCUCGGUAACCCAGCCCGCCAUCCAGCGCAGUGCCGAGAAGCUGCUCGCACUAGCGAACUCCCUCCCGCCGUCAGCGACGCUGGUCCUCAACGCCAAGGUGUUCCCCUCGCCCAGCGUGGCUAUCAUACUGGAGCUGUCGAAGCGCCUCAAGGCUUUCAGCGCCCUGCUGAGCGAGACGCGCACGUUCUUGCGGCUGUGGGGUCUCCUGGGCAUGUACUUCUGGGCACGUCGCCUGAUUCUCCAGUGGCGACAUUUGGCGACGAGCAGCGAGAAGGGCCAACAGAGCUCUUCUGACAGGGUCGAGACCAGCAUAGCGUGGACUCAGUUGAUCGCCUGUGUCGUCUUCCAGGCCCUGGAGAACGGCGCAUACUUAUCAUCCAAGAACGUACUGGGUUGGGCACCCGCGACACAGGGCAAGGCGGCCCGUUGGAGUGCACGGUUCUGGGGGACCUUUGUCGGUAUCGAGAUCGGGAGACUGUUCUACGAAUCGCACAAGCGCAGCCAGCGCACCCGCGCCGAGAAGUUCGGCGAUAAGAGCGUCGCGGUCGUCGUGAGGGAGGAGAACGAGUGGACUGACACGUGGCGCAAGAAUGUCAUCAGGAACAUGGCGUGGGCACCGCUCACUGUUCACUGGAGUCUUGAGCAGGGUCUCGUCAGCGAGAUGGCUGUCGGUGCUCUCGCCAGCAUUCCUGGCUUCCUGCAGAUGAGGGACCUCUGGAGGAAGACUGCGGAAUAG